AUGGCAUACCAGGGCUCAUACCACAUCCUCUGGACACAGCAGACUCAUCUCUUCAACGAGAUUGAUCUGCUUAAAUAUCACAUUGCAGACGUAGAGCGACAACUGGUACGAGCCCAACAAACACUAAGUAGUUCAGACACGAAACGGCAGGACAGGAGAAAAGCCAAGUGGGUAGCCAAUUCGCAACGAAAGUAUCUCAAGGAUCUGGAACGUGCUUUGCAUUCUCUCCUAUCCUCUCUGUCGGCCUGUCAGUCACAAAUAGCUCGUGUUCACGUGGAGGCUUCCAGGCAAGCAGACCAAUAUGGCAGUGCGUGGACCACGUACCACGAUUCUCAAUACGAAGACACGACACCUACACAAGAAACCUAUCGAAUUCGAGCCCGAUCUUCAAGUCCCGACUCUGGAUUUUCAGAACCAGCUUUGUAUGCUCAACCAUUCGACAUCGAUCUUACUCAAGAUCAAAGCAACCAUACAUUUUCCCAUGAGCUCCAACACCCAUCACCUCUUACCAUAAACACCCAGGUUGUACACAAGACACCAAUACCUAUGCACACAACACCAUUGAGCACUUCUGCGGAAGACUUCACCCUAACGCCAAAAGCAUUCCACAAAGCCAUAAGCCCUUUCGCUCCCCCUUUCAGCCCUUUUGUCUUUGCAAAAGCCAACCCACCAGAUCCAGGUUUACCGAUAAACUCAAAGCCGCUGUUUACACAGCCAACUUGGUCUUCUCCUUUGGACUGGAGCGAGCAAGUCGAUGAAGAGAUGACGCCCGUGUCGCCUAGAGCGAAGGUUGAGCAGCGGGCAAACGAAGGGUUCAAGAGACGCUAUUCGGUUGCCGCGAUUGAGUUGAUCGAGAGUCGGUUGAGGCAUAAGAGGCAGGUUAGUGAUGUGGCCAGAGGAUUGAUGAUGUAA